UCCCUCGACGGCUGAGGUCGCCUUCGCACGCGUUGUGUUUGUGUGUGUGUGACGAGGAGGACGAAGUGCGAGAGCAGUGCGAGAGCAGUGUAGUGCCCAGUGCGUGCGUGCCCCCGAGUUGAAUGUGCGAUGCGUGUCAGCACCUCGUGCGCUUGACAUGAGUGUGGCUAUCUCCUCAGCCGAGUGUGUUUCGCCGUCCGUCCAGGCCGUCCAGGCCGUCCAGUCCGCCGCCGACACGAUGCGCGCCCUGCUGUCCGUCGGCGUGGGCGUCGCCGCCCCCGCCCCCAUCACGGCCGCCGCGACGCCGUCGUCGCCGCCGCCCACCAAAAUGAAGCAGAGCAGCAAGCUCUCCUUCAGCGUGGACUCGCUCCUCUCGUCGACGCCGACCUCGCGGCCGCGCUCCAGGACGGCCGCCGAGUCGCCGGCGACGCCGCGGUGCGACGCCGUGGUCUUCCACAACGAGUCGGCGCUCAACCUGCGGCUGCAGUCCUCGCCCAUGCAGCUGACGGUGCGAACCCCCGCCAUGGUGAACGGCCACCUCAGGGCCUCGCCCACGGCGUCGUCGCCGCCGUACCCCGGCCACCUGCACACGCCCCCGCAGUCCCCCACGUCGCUGUGCACCACUCCGGGGCACCCCGGCGACGCCCUGCACUACCGCCUCAAGCUCAAGCAGGACAGCGAGGACAGCGACAGGGACUACCAGUCGUCGCACGAGGACGGCCGGCGGCACGAAGACAUGGACAGCGACCUGGAGGAGGACGUGGACAUCGACGUGGGUGGCGGGGACCGCGACGACGCGGCGCACCGGAGACUGAGCGACGCCGGCGAGGCCCUGGACGCGGCCGACAAGCUGCGGAGAAGACGGGCCGACCGGGCCGACCGGGCAGACCACCACUCGGACAACUCGAUGGACUCCAGCAGCGACGCCGGCGCCGAGGCCGAGGCGGACGGCAGCGAGGUGGGCACGCCGCCGCCGUCGGGCGCGGUGCCGCCGCUCUUCCCGCAGCCCCUGCACCCCACCACGGUGUCCAUGAUGAUGGCGAGGCGCGGCGCCCCCGGCUGGUCCGGGCUGCCCAACUCGCUCGCCACACACUUCGCCUGGAUGCCCAACUACCCGCCCAACUCUGCCGCCGGAGUGGAUGGCGCCCGGUUGGCCGGUCACCCCGCGGGCCCGCACGGCGGCUCCCCCCACGGCCCCCCGCACCCCCUGCCGCUGCGCUGCAACCUGCGCAAGCACAAGCCCAACCGCAAGCCGCGCACGCCCUUCACCACGCAGCAGCUGCUGUCGCUGGAGAAGAAGUUCCGGGAGAAGCAGUACCUGUCCAUCGCGGAGCGCGCCGAGUUCUCGUCGUCGCUGCAGCUCACCGAGACGCAGGUGAAGAUCUGGUUCCAGAACCGGCGCGCCAAGUCCAAGCGCCUCCAGGAGGCCGAGCUGGAGAAGUUCCGAUUCUCCGGGCGCCCCUUCCCGCUGUUCCCGCCCGGCGCCGCGCUGUGGCACCCCAACCCGCCGCCCUUCCUGGCCGCCAUGGGGCUGCCCGGUGCGCCCCCCAGCGGCCCCGGGCAGGCGCCCCCGCCGCCCCACGCCGGCCACCCGCACCCCGGCAUGCUGCCCGUGUCUGCGGCCGGCGGCCAGCAGCCCGCUCACAUCAUGAGCCUGCAGCGACACUAG